AUGAACAUCAUUCUUAUCUUUUGUGUCACUUCUGUCAUUCCAAAUCCAUUAAAUGGUCCAAAUGGUACAAAGGUACAUGCUGAACAGAACACAAAUGGUAUAGAUGCUGAACAGAACACAAAUGGUACAAAGGUACAUGCUGAACAGAACACAAAUGGUAUCAAGGAUGAAGUUUCAAAGAAAGUAAAAAGCGAAGGUUCAGAAGGAGCUAAAGAUAAAGGCUCAGAAGUUUCUAAAGAUAAAAAUUUAGAUAAAUCUGAAAAUAAGAAUGAGGAUGAAAUAAUUGAUGAAAACACUAACAAAACUAAAGAAGAAGAUUCCUAUCAAUUUACAGGUAAAGAAGAAACUAACUCUGAUUCUGAAGCUAUUAAUGAAGAUUUAGAUGAAAAUGAAAAAGACAAAACCCCAGAAAGGAUAGCUGAAGAUAAAGCUAAAGAUUCUGUCGAUGCUGAAAAUGAUUCAACUGCAGUUAUUGAAGAUUUAAUUGAAGAAGAAAUAAAAGAUUUCACUGUGAAUAAAUAUGAAGAUUUGGAUGAAACUAGAAAUGAGAAUUCUAAUGGAAAUGUAGAUGAUGCUAAUGCUAAAGGUAACAGGAACCGUGAAACAGAAGCCAGGGAGAAUUGUGAAGGAGAAUCUCUCCAGAAAAAAUAUACCAAUCACCAGGAGAAAUACACCUCUCAAGAAGAAAAUGAAAAUAAAGAUAAGGGAAGCAAAGAAUAUGAAGAUAGACAUCGAAAUAAUAAUCAAAACCAGUUUCAUGAUGAGAUCAAAAUUACAAGCCCAGUAAACGAUACCAAUAGUUACAGAGAAAGUAAAAAUAAAAGAAAGGUCAAAACUAAAAAGAAAAAGCCAGAGGAAGGUCCUGGGAAAACAUUUGAUCAAACCCCAUCUUCAAGAUUUGAACCAGAUCCAAUUGUUUUUGUAAUAGGAUUCAUAUUGGCCUUGACGAGCAACUUCUUCAUGCAUAUUGUUAGAAUCUACAAGUGGUCUGUCCCUCAAAUCCAGAAGAACAUGAUAGCAAUCAUGAACCACUACUCAGUCGAGCUUGUUAACCUGGUGAUAACUAUACAAUGUGGGGCAAUAAUGUUCUCUUCUGCGGUCAGCUAUACUCCUCCUACAGUAGCACUUGGAAUAAACUUUUUAAUGGACUACAUAACUUUCACUAAUAUUGGAUUUGUUAUCACUAUUGCAAUACUCAGAUUGCUUUUCGUGAUCAAGUUCGAUGAUAUGAUAGAGUUAGAUCCUGAGGAAACAACAUCUAAGAUUGUGGUUGUUAGCGCUAUCUUCUAUCUUUUCAUAGCUUCAGCACUCUUACCUGGGCAUAUUUCAGAAGGUUACAUAUCUCCAUUUAAUGCUUACAUAACUGGAAGAACAGCGACUCUGUCUGUUAGCCGAUACAACAUUGCUCACUUCUUUAUAGUCAUCAUCUGUCUGAUAACAGUUGUUGGAUCAUUCCUCUACAUCAAGUAUCACCUGAAGACCCACCAUAGUCAAGCUACUGUUGCUGCAGAGACCAACCACUCUAAAAGUAUAAUCAGCCUCAAAACGACGUUUAAAGGCGCUUUUAUUGGUACACUGACUAUUGUUAUUGUAUCAACCCUACAGAAAGUAAAACAAACUAUUCCCCUUGGAGUAAUUGCCUCAUCAAUUUUGCUUACUGGAAUAGUAGCAUAUAUUGCCUUGGGCAAGAAGUCAACCAAUUAUUUUUUGACUCAAGUCAAGAAGUAUGCAUUGCAACGAAACUGGAGUCUCCCUAAACUGGGGAGAAAGAAUCAAAUCGAUCCUAGGGCCAUAGAGUUAACAGCAAUUCAAAGGUCUGCUAAUGGUCCCACUCAGAAAUAAGAGAGCAGAGAGAUGUACUAAAGGCUAGAGACGGGCACGUUUGACCUUUUCAUUUGGUUCGUUAAUUGUUCGUGAAUGACCUAUUUCGUUUGUCCUUAAACUUAUCGUUCAUUUUCCAUCUAUUUC